AUUUAUGAUGACGAAUACAAGUUCUGUGGUGAUGAGUUGCUGGCGAUGAAGACUUCGAACCUGACGCUUGAUCUCAACAAUCUUGAGAACGACAAGAAAAUGUUGAGGAUGAUCAGAACUUUCCAAGAGAACCUCGGAAAUGAAAUCUAUAAAAUAAAGGACGAGGAACAAAAAUUCCACCAAGACCUCGGAGAGUUCAUACUCAUCAUAAAACGCAAUAUGCCGGCCAAUAUGACUGAUAUUAAAUCACUGAGUGGUUUCAAAAGCUACCUGAAGGAGAUAAAGGGAAAACCUAACACCAAGAUGGUGGUAUUUGAAGCGUA